UGUUCUCACACUUGCUCCCACUCCUGCUCUCUCAAGUGCUACACCCCUGUGAAAAUGCAGUGAGACAAAGCUGUAGGAGAUAAUAACUCCUGCCUCAAGCUACGUGUGACCUUUGGGUUGUGAGCUCUGCUCUGCCUUUGUAGCCCAGACCUGCUUGGUGUUUCACUGGCCAGCUCUGUAAGCUGAGCUCUUCAUAACAGCCUAGGGCAGGCAUUUAUCCUGCUCCUUUGAGUUUCAUGCUGGGGCACAUCCAGCCAACUGCUUCCCCAGCUCUGACAUCUUUGGGUAGAGAGUUGUCUUGAAAAUCCAAAUUAUUUUCAUUAGAAGACACAUAUGUGACUUCAGAGUCUGUCCUGUGGUACCAUUCUCCUCCAGGGCACACGUUUUGACUUUACAGUUGUAAAAGGAAGCAGUGAAUUACUAACACCCCAGCUCCUUUUGGUUCUCUGCAUAACUUACUUGCAUCAUCAAACAGGCAGAAAAAACAAUAUAUAUAUAACACAUCAAGGUGGGAAAUGUUUCCUAGAUGAAGGAAAAAGAAAUGCAAUUUCACAGAGUGAGAAGAUGCACAUAUAAAAUAAGGAUAAUUCAGCAUUUUCUCCAGUGUUUCACCUAACCUGGGCAAAACUUGUGUUAUGUGUUCAUGGAGGCAGACUGGACAGUGCCCAGGAAACCAUCAACAGCAAAGACAGGCAAUUUAUGACUUUCAUUUGUCACUGGGGGAACUCUGAACACAUGCAGUCACCUUUUAGUGGUCUUGGGCAGUGCUGCAUGCUGUGAAAUUCCAUAGCUGACCAACCAGUUUUAGCUCCUGACGAGUUUCUUUACAGUAAGAGUCACAAUGUGUUCAAUUUAAACAGCGUUCAGUGUUACAGGAGCAUUUGGACCUGCGAGAUUUUAUUUAUUCCUUAGCUAAGAAAUAGAGAUAUUCCAUCAGUCUGACUCCACCUCUGAUCAAGGUAAAUAUUUUGUUUGUAUAAAUAAAACUUUAGUGGUUGCACACUGGGGUACUUCCAAUGCUUCUGUGUUCGGUGUAUGAUUCAUGGGGAAAAUUACAAUUUAUUGUCACACUUCCUCAUAUUUCUUUCACAGUACAUUGCUGCCAAGCAACACUGUCCUUUAUUCUUAAUCUCCCCUGCCACAUGAUUUCUGGUCAUGCCCAGAUCUCUGCUCUCCGUCUUAAACUCCUAAGCUAGUACAAUUUUCUGAGAGGGAUGAAGAAUGGGAUGGCAAAUACAGGCAGGUGUUUCAUUGGGCAGAUAGCUGCAUGAAUUUCUAAAAGGGACUUUCUAGAAUAAUUGCUAGCGCCGUUCUAGAGGAUGCCAGCCUCAAUCCCAGAGGCAGACAGACGGCACAGAGCCUCAGCAGCAUUUUCUCUCAGUUUCCUCUCUUUAGUCUUCUCUCUCACAGCGUUCAGUAGCAGCCACUGGUGUGAAGGGACGAGGAAAGUUGCCAAACCUUUCUGUAAAGGAGACAGCAAAGGGGAUCUGUGCAUCCGCUUCAACAGCCCCGAUGGCAACAGCAGCCAGGCUGUGCAGUACAUCUGGGAGACGGGAGAUGACAAGUUUGUGGAGCGAAAUUUUCAUGCUGGGAUUUGGUAUUCCUGUGAAGAAAUGAUAAAUGAAGAAGGUGAGAAAUGCAGAAGCUUUAUCAGUCUGACUCCAGCUUCUGAUCGAGGGGUUUUAUGGCUGUCUAUUGGAGCAGAGCUUCUCUACAUCGUUUUGCUUCUGAUUGGAAACAUUCUUAUGUCAGUAGAAAUAUUCUACUACAGCUCUGUCAUUGAUGGGCUAAAGAUCAACGCCUUCUCUGCAGUGGUCACCGUGUUGGCAGGUCUUCUGGGCAUGGUUGCUCACAUGAUGUACACGACUGUAUUUCAAAUGACUGUAAAUCUUGGUCCUGAAGACUGGAGACCUCACACUUGGGAUUAUGGCUGGUCCUAUGGCCUUGCAUGGACUUCCUUCGCUUGCUGCAUGGCUGCAGCUGUCACCACUAUUAACAAAUACACAAAAACUAUUUUGGAAUUCAAGCACAAAAGAAAAAAGCUGGAAAGGAGCUUUAGGAUUCAAUACAACUUUCCUGACCACACAGCUCCAGAGAAAGUUUGCAAUGUGUAUGUGAACUCUUUCCAAAACACCACGGAUGACCCCGCACAUGCAAUAAGAAGCUUGCGUCACCUGGCCACUAUUUCAGUCCUGUAAAGCUGAACCAUAUCUCAAGGCAACCUGUAAAUUAUAAUCCUAGAUCCAAAUGAAACAGUGCUAACAAAUAAAAUGUAUCAUUGUGUAGUAUUAUUUAUUUUUCUUAAUAAAGAAAUUCUAUUUCUGUGGAAGCUUCAA